UAUAGAUAUUAGAUAAGGUAUUAGAAAAUAAAUACAUUUUGUUAAGAGAUGUUUUAUUAGACACUCACCUUGAAACGCCAUUACCGCUCGUAAAUGAUAUAAAUUCUUGAGUAGUCACUCUAUUUUCAAUUGAAAAAUAUUUUUGAGUCUGAACCGGAUGCAAACAUCAAAUUGAUCCUUCAAUUAGGCGCUACAUCUACUCGUCAGAAAUAUUCUAAAUACAAAACAAAUCGCUUCCAAAAUAAAUAAACUUAUUUUAUUAAUCUGAAUAUUACAACAAUAAGAAAAAACUCCGAUAAAAAUUCUUACUCAGAAGUUUCCCAUAAAGAAUCUCGACAUUUCUAUUGACUGACAAACUGCUUGACAGACAGGUAUCCAGAGGAGCGCAGCAAGUAGCGCGCUGAAAUGCCUUACGAGGAGAACUCACAGACAAACAAAUAUUUAACGCUAACAACCACUAACACCCUCUCAUGCUUCGAAAACGCAAAGCUUUCGCAUUUUUCUCGCGAAUUUCCCAUCAUUAACACAAGUACUCAUAAUUCUACUCAUUUUCAACUCAUAUCUGUCGAUUUGUCUGCGCAAACAUUUUCCACAUUUUCCAUUGCCAAUGCCCAUCUGUUUCGUUGCCUCAUCUGUCUAUCGCUCUUCAAGUCCAUCUGUCUUCACAGCGUCUGGUACACAUUUCGCGUCUGUUUCCUCCUUCUCUACUUCUGCUUCUGCUGACCUCAUGGUGCCCUCUCGUGUCCGCCUUGAGCAGUUGGGGUAGUCGGUUCUUGGUCUUGGCGUUUUUUUUCUGUCUUGCGGUUAUUUUAUGUUAAAGGAAAAAUGAAUAAACAUAAAAGAAAUGUGGUGACCAUUCAUGAAAUAUUAUUUUUAAUCGGAUUAUAGCCAAAGUUGCUAGUUUGUUUGCAAAGCGUGUGCUUUGAAGCUUUCUCAUUUGUCCCUUUUGUACAUUAUUUAGUGCAAAUAUCAGAAAUAGCGUUUCUAACAGUAUUCGGACUCAUGCAUAUGCAUAUAUCUAGAAGGUUAAGGGCAAAAUAUGGACGCACUUGAUAUAUGGACUUGCUUGGUCGAAGAUGGGUGACCAGACCAAAAAUUUAAAAAAAAAAAUCUCUUGUAAAGGUAUUGGUGGGUAGGGUUGGAGACGGCUUCCAGUACGGAUCGAGAUAAAAUCAAAAAUUUUUACAAAAUUUACUUAACACAUUGAUCGCCCUAUUGAGGUCAAUCUGUGACAUUCUUUUCCCUGUAUUAUUUUUCCUGUACCUGUACACGAUUUAUCAUUAUAUAUAGCUAAAUUUAUUAAUGGCGGCUUAUUAAUCGUAAUGCUAAAAUCUUUUUAGAUUAAAAUUUUAGAAUACAAAAUCUUAAAAGGGUUGCCAUAUUGUAUGUGCCAAUGCUGCAAAAAAAGCUCGUACGCAAUAUACAUACGUAUGUACUAAUUUUAGCCUACAUAUAAUCCACCACACCUGGUCACCUCACAGCACUGUUAAGAAACCACCAACUACAAGCAAAUUUUCAAUAAUCCCAUGCAAGUGGAAAAGCUUUUCCCCGUUCAGUUUUCAAAAAGUUUUCGCGAGCGUUAGUGCGACGAUCAAUUGAAUUGGCAUUCGUGCGCCGUGGUUAAGCCAUUGGAAAUUGAAUAUUUUUGCCAAUUCAAAGCUAACGUUUCUUAAAGAUUUAUCGUUUUUUCGUUAAAAAAAUGUGGGAUUUCAAUACAAAAUUGGAAUUAUACAAAUGUCUUUAAUUAUGACAAGGAAAUGGGUUAGAAAAUGUGUUUGGUAGUGUCAUAAGUGUAGUGAUUUCAAAGGUUGCCUAUGAGAAGAAGAAGAAGAAGAUUGGAAAAAUCUAUAAUGAAUAGCAUAAAAUCCAUAUUUUCCGACGUACAAAAUGCAGUGAAAAUCAGAAAAUAUUUAUAAUUUCGAAAGUGUUUGAGAAAAUUUAUUAAAAUGUGUUGAAAAUAUAUUUUGAAAAAGUUCAAAAGGAUAAGAAUAAAUAUAUUUUAUAUAAUAAAAAAAUGGUUGAGAGAUAUAGCCAAUGAGUGCCAUAAAAUAGUGAGAUAAAACACUAUUUUUUUUAUUGAAACUUGAAAAGUUAAAAACUAACUUAAGUACAUAUAAAAAUUAUAUAAAAAAAUAUGAAUGCUUUGAAUAACAGUAUGUAAAAUAAGAAUACGUAAAAAAUUGAAAUUCAUUACAAAUUAGUAAUAAAAAUUAAAGCACAUAUAACGGAAAAAAUAAAGUAUUUCAGUGAAAAGUCAUAUAAUUUCUUUCUGUAUAAGAGCUGUCUUAUUUUCUUGUAAAUGAAUCUCAACUAAACUAAAAAGAAACAGUUCUUCCAAAAAUACGUUUAAAAUACUAUCUGUAUUGCACCCUCUCAACCAUCUACUGCUAAUUAUCUUUCAUAAAGCCUUUCUCGCCGCUAAAUGUUGACAACGAACAACAAAUAUUUCAAAUAACAACCACAAUAAAUUUCAUUAUAAAAUAUGAAUCAGUCGUCUUGACGCCGAGCAGCUGCACCCGAGCAUAUUAUGGCCACAAGCGACAAGGAUCUUCGUCGAGCAGACCGCCAACGUGGGGUUACACUGCGUCAGGGUUAUCCGCCUACUACAAGUACACUGAAAAUGUCUGCAGCGGCUCAAGGGCUAGAGGGCGAGCGCGCGUGCGACGCAACGCGAUAUCGUCGUUGUUGACCGCCAAAUGCGCAUUUCAUAUUGAAGCAUACAAUGUCGCUGAUGUUUCGCAAAUAGCUUAAUGCAAAAAAUCUAGGAAAUAUGAAGAAAUGUAUGUGAAAUAUUAUGCGCAAAGAAAAAUUCGUGAAAUUCGUAUGAAAAUUACAUAGAGAAAAGCACUACUGAACGUGAGAAAAAAAUUAAAAAAAAAAAAAAUUCUCGCAAGAAGAAAACAAAACAAAAAAACACUGAAAAUCUUAAAAACAAAACAAAAAUACAUAAAUAAAAUAAAACCAAAUAAUACUUGUGUACUCUCAUAAGCGAAAGACAUCUAAAGCAUUUGCUUGAGCCGUGUCUACCUCGUGUCCGUUAAAUCGUCGCACGUUGCUGUCGUCACGUCGUCGUGUCACAACAUUAUUUUCGGCCUGUGCGCCGGAUAACAGCGUCAGCAGCAAGAAAUACUUUUUUACCUUGUGCCAACACACAUUCACCUUUGCCGCCAUAAUCUUCGCUUUGUUUUCACCUUCGUUAUUUAUUCGCAUUCACUUUUUGUGGUCUUCUCUUCAUCUUUGUUUUUAUUACCAACUUCGUUAUUUCGCCAUUGUUGUUCUUUUUGCUGUGUUGGUGCAGCGCAUGCGCUGCGGCGCAUCAAACGCCUCGCCACAUGUUCGAUUCGGAUGCCGAUGACGAAUAUAUCCGCGAGUAUGCCUUUGAGCCGGAAUUGCUGAUCAAUCGCGAUGAUUAUAUCAAGCGUGAGGAACAAAAGGAGAGAGAGCAACGGGAGGCGAUUAAGCGACGCUCCUCGUUGCGGCGCAAAUCACAGCGCAAAGCUAGCGUGGAUAGUUAUGAAAGUGGUGGACAGCAGAAGAAUCAAAUUGAUGUCGAAAUCGAGGCGUUCUAUUAUAUGUAUGGCCGCUAUACCAAAGAUUUAGGAGAAUUUGCCAAAGAUGAAGCCAGAAAACUCAAAUUACUCGAGAAACGCAGAAAGCAAGAAGACAAACAAAGGAACAAGGAAUUGCUGGGCAAACGUUCGUCGCGCAUGCUAAAAGUCUCAUCAUGGAUAUGGAAACGUACAUUUGCACGCCUCGGCGAAGAUUGGGUAUUCUUAGCGCUGUUGGGUGUCAUAAUGGCAUUUGUAUCGUAUGUGGUGGACAAAGGCAUCACUGUUUGUACAAAUGCGCGCGUGUGGCUAUAUCGCGAUCUCACAUCACAGCCGAUUACACAGUAUUUUGCGUGGGUGUCAUUGCCGGUCUGUUUGAUACUCUUCUCAGCCGGCUUUGUGCAUCUAGUUGCGCCGCAGAGUAUAGGUUCGGGUAUACCUGAAAUGAAAACGAUUCUGCGUGGCGUUGCGCUGAAAGAGUAUCUCACAUUUAAGACAUUGGUGGCCAAGGUUGUUGGUUUAACGGCAACUUUGGGCAGUGGUAUGCCAUUAGGAAAGGAAGGUCCUUUCUGUCACAUAGCAAGUAUUGUAGCACAAUUAUUAAGUAAACUCGUCACAUCAUUCCAAGGCAUCUAUGAGAAUGAGUCGCGCAAUUCAGAAAUGUUGGCCGCUGCGUGUGCGGUCGGUGUUGGUUCAUGUUUUGCCGCGCCCGUCGGUGGUGUACUUUUUAGUAUAGAGGUAACGACGACAUAUUUUGCUGUACGUAAUUAUUGGCGUGGCUUCUUUGCGGCUGUCUGCGGUGCAACGGUGUUUCGUCUUUUGGCGGUUUGGUUCCACAAUGCGGAUACAGUGCGUGCGAUAUUUCUCACAAAUUUCACCACCGAAUUCCCCUUCGAUCCGCAGGAGUUGUUCGUAUUUGCUCUGAUGGGUGUUGUCUCUGGUAUUGGCGGUGCUGCCUAUGUUUGGGUACAUCGGCGUUAUGUGCUCUUCAUGCGCUCAAAUAAGAAGAUGAACAAAUUUCUGCAGAAGAAUCGCUUUCUUUAUCCGGGCUUUUUGGCGCUGCUUGUCUCUACACUCUCAUUUCCAUUAGGACCUGGUCAAUUUAUCGCUGGCGAAUUGAGCACACACGAACAAGUCACACAGUUAUUUAGCAAUUUCACGUGGUCACGUGACGAUCUCACCGUGGAACAGGCGGCCAUAGUUACACAUUGGGUCACCAGUUACACCAACAUCUUCAUUAAUCUUUCCAUAUAUAUUGUGUUCACCUUCUUCAUUUCAAUUGUAGCCUCAACUAUACCAGUACCUUCGGGUAUUUUCAUACCCGUAUUUAAAAUUGGCGCAAGUUUGGGGCGUCUUGUUGGUGAGAGCAUGCAUUUGUGGUUCCCGAGCGGCGUGCGCUACGGCGGUCGCCUAUCGCCCAUCAUACCUGGCGGUUACGCCGUUGUUGGUGCGGCGGCAUUUUCCGGCGCCGUGACGCAUACCGUUUCGGUAGCGGUAAUCAUCUUCGAGAUGACCGGCCAGAUAACACACGUUGUACCGGUGAUGAUCGCAGUGUUAAUAGCGAACGCCAUUGCAGCCCUUCUACAACCGUCCAUGUACGACAGUAUUAUAUUGAUUAAGAAACUGCCGUAUCUGCCCGAUUUGCUGCCAUCCAGUUCGGCGAUGUACAGUAUUUAUGUGGAAGAUUUUAUGGUACGAGAUGUGAAAUACAUCUGGCAUGGCAUUUCGUAUCAAAAACUCAAGGAGGUGCUGAAGGCGAACAAAACGCUGCGAUCUCUACCGCUGGUUGAUAGUCACGAGAACAUGAUACUGCUCGGCUCUGUGCAACGUUAUGAGUUGAUCAAAAUGAUCGAAAAGCAUAUCGGACGCGAGAAACGUAUGGAAGUGGCACAAAAGUGGCAAAAGGAGGCGGAGGAGCGCGCUCGAGAAGAAGAGAAGAAAAAACAGGAAGCCGAGUUAAGAACUCGUCGCCCCUCACGUUUCGAGGUAUUGCCCGCACCCGAUAUACUCAGUCUACGUCAAAUCGCCAAUGAUGAAAUGCUGCCGCCCAAACAACGUCAGGAAUCCUUCAACAAUAAUGUGGGACCACGCAAAUCGAUUUUAAAAAAGACAAACUCAUUUAAUCUAAAAACCUACGCACCUACCUCACCGCACAGCCCGAACAUUACGCCCUACACCACCAUCACUGGCACAGAGCAUCGCAUACGCUCCGCCUUCGAAGCGAUCUUUCGCAAAUCGAAUACACUGCAGGAUGUCCAACCGGAUCCGGAUGCUGCGAGCAUAACGCCGGCAGUGAGCGCCAAUGAAGUGCCACUCGUACAGCGCGCUCCCAGCAUUUCGAAGAAGGUUCAAUUGCAAGCACAAAAUACUGCGGAGUCUACAGACCAAGAGAAUAAGCCAACACCACCGGAUACACCGGAUAGCAUAAAAAGCAAUAGAUUUUCGCAACUAGCACCGAAUUCGCCAGUUCCAACGAAAAAAAUUAAGACAAAUAACUGUGUUCGACCACGAAGCUUGAGCUCCUCACCAGUCCACGCUAAAGUCAAAAAAAAGUUAGCCAACACGAGAUGGGAUCAAACAAUGUUGCCACCUCCGCCUAGAAAAGGCAUACUCCGAAAGUCACACUCAACAACGGAUUGCUCAAAUCACCGUACUAAUCCAAUAAAAUGGAAUACUCUCAUGGAAAAUACACACGCAACGACGGCUACGGAAGAUCCAAAAGCAAUGAGCUUGAAAAAGACGAAAUCGGUGACCUUGCCCCGUGAACGUGUGAUCGAUAUGUCACCGGAGGAUCAAAAGAAAUGGGAAAUGGAAGAAAUGUCCAAACCGAUCGAUCUGGAGAAGGCCAGUGUAAAUAUCGAUCCCUCACCAUUUCAGCUGGUCGAACGCACUUCGAUACUGAAAGUGCAUUCUCUCUUCUCAAUGGUUGGCAUAAAUCACGCUUAUGUGACAAAAAUUGGACGACUUGUGGGAGUAGUGGGUCUAAAAGAGCUGCGCAAAGCUAUUGAGGACAUCAAUAGUAAUAAUUUCGUAGUACAAACACAAAUAAAAGACGAUAUUGAAGCCGAUCAUGGUUCGGCUGUUGAAAAGCCAUUGUUGGCGCCACCAUUGCCGCUGUCACCGCAUGCCACCAGUGACAAGGAGGUUAACACGACGGUGACCUCCAUGGAUUCGGCACUGUCACAUUCGGAUAAUUGCUCGGACAUUGAAAUGGAGCACAUCAAGGGUGAGAGUAGUGGUGAAGACCAACCACAACAGCAACAGCAACAACAAGAACAUACAACGCAAUACAAUCAACAAGCAUAUACACACACAACGGGGACAAAUACAACAACAACGGCAAUGGGCACACCACCAACCACAAAGUCAAUGAAUGAGCCAUAGCAGACAGGCAACUAACAAAUACGUAUACAGACAUAUGUAGGUAUUUAAGUGAAUUUGUAUUGAAAAAAAACGGCAAACUAAACUAAAUUUUAUUGUAAUUUGGUAAAUAGUAUUUUUCAAUAAUUAUAUUAAGUACAUACACUAUAUUAAAAAAGUACACAUGUGAAAGUAUGUAUAUAGAUGUGAACUCAGUAUGUAUUUAAAUAAUUUUUUAGAAUUUUGAAGCGCAUGUAAAUAUUAUAAGCCGAAAAGUUAGUUAGCAUUGUGCUAUUUUUUUUAAAUGCUCCAAUUUACAUCCACAAAUACACACAUACAUACAUAUACUCGUAUGUUAAAGUAAGUGUAAGAAAGAAGUGUAGUCAAUAUUAAGCUAAUUUUAAACAUAUUUCCAUUACGAAUUUGUUAUAGAAUUUUCAAACACAUUGCUGCGUUAAACUAAAGCUGAAAAAAUAAACACAAUUAUUAUUUAAGCAAAAAAUAUUGUUUCAAAAAUUACAACGUUUAUAUAUACAUAUAUAAAGGCUAAAAAUUGUAAUAUUACAUUCAUUUUUCUUUUAUAAUUUAUUAUAAUUUAAAUUCUUGCAAUUUAUUUUCAAUAAAUCCCAGACAAAACGUGCCAUUUGGUAUUAGGCGAAACGUCUUAAAGCAAACGAAAAUCCCAAUUUAAAGCAAAAUCUAAACUUACGCGUUUAGUCGGUAGUUUCUACAAUUUAAAUAUACAUACAUACA